ACAGCAAAAUAAAUAAAUAAAUUUGUUCUCCCUUCAACACCUUCCAAAUCCAGCACUGCAAGAAUUCUAGAGACUAGAGAGUAGAGAGUUAAAUUUCCUAUUUAUGUCUUCUUCCUCAAACCCCUCACCCUUUUAGUACUGUCCCUAGAACAAGUCCUUUUAAUAUGGACACCAAUUCUAGUUUCUCACUUCACACAUUCACAAAAUAACUUUCAUCAUCAUAUCCUUAAGAAACUGCUCUCUUUAUGGCACCCUUCAUGUCCAAUGCCAAGCUUCAUCCAAGAGUACUACUCAUUCUUGUCCUCAACUUAUCCUUCAUCUUCUUCUUCUGUUUCCUUCUAAAAGCCUCUCUCCACCCUCCCAACACAAACUCCAAUGCCCCCCUCACAAUCUUCAACCAUGCAAGAUUGCUCAAAGAUAUCAGUGUUGAAGGCUGCACUGAUCUCCACAAGUACAAAGAUUAUGGUUCCAAGUGCUUGUAUGUUAAAAACCAUCUUGACUGCAGGUCAAAAGGGUACAUAAACUAUCUCCAAAUCUACUAUUGCAACCUAGGAAAAUUCCCAAUUUUGGGGGAAACCCUUCUUGCUUUGUGGCUUGUGGUGUUGUUCUAUCUUUUGGGAGACACAGCUUCCAACUACUUUUGCAAUUCCUUGGAGGGUUUGUCCAACAUCUUGAGGCUCUCCCCCACCAUUGCUGGGGUGACCCUUCUUUCUCUUGGAAAUGGGGCUCCUGAUUUCUUUGCUAGUGUUGUGUCCUUCACAGGAUCAUCCUCCAAUGGGGCUGUUGGACUCAACAGCAUUCUUGGAGGGUCUUUCUUUGUGUCAUGUGCUGUCUUGGGGAUCAUAAGCAUACUUGUUAGUCCAAACCAUGUUGAAGUUGAUAAGGCCAAUUUCAUCAGGGAUGUACUUUUCUUCCUUUUCUCUAUUCUAAUCCUCCUUGUCAUCAUUUACAUUGGGAAAAUCACUUUGUUGGGCUCAAUCUGCUAUGUUUCCAUCUACUUUAUCUAUGUCUGUGCUGUCUCUGCCACACAUCUGAUCUAUGGAGAGGACAGAAAUGAAAGGCAAUACUCAGUGUCUUCUGAUGAAUCACUGGUAGAGUCUAGCAUACCCUUGUUAGGCUGUGUUGAUGAAGAGAAACAAAGUUUGGGAGAGAUAGUGGUGGUUGAAGAUAAGGAGCAAAAGCAAGAGUGUUUUGGUGAUAAUAAUUCAUUUUUUGAUUGUAUUUACUUUUGGAAGAUCCUACAAGUGCUGGAAUUACCUCUUGGCAUGCCAAGAAGGCUUACCAUACCAUUGGUGAGUGAGGAGAAAUGGUCAAAGCCAUAUGCAGUGAUAUCUGUGACAUUAGCACCAGUUUUAUUGGCAAUUCUUUUCAACACUCAAAGUGAAAACAUUGGUUCAAGGAGCAGUGUUGUCAUAUACAUAGUAGCUACUUUGAUUGGGAUAAUUUUAGGCAACAUGGCAUGUGUGACAACUGAGAGGUGUAGCCCACCAAGAAAGUCCUUGUUUCCAUGGUUGGCAGGGGGUUUUGCCAUGAGUGUAACAUGGACUUACAUAAUUGCCGAGGAGCUAGUUUCUCUGUUGGUUUCAAUUGGGAGCAUCAUUGGGGUGAGCCCUUCAAUCCUUGGACUAACUGUCCUAGCUUGGGGCAACUCACUUGGGGACUUGAUAGCCAAUGGUGCCAUGGCCUUGAAUGGUGGGCCAGAUGGGGCUCAAAUGGCCAUAUCUGGCUGCUUUGCUGGGCCUAUGUUCAAUACCUUGAUGGGUUUGGGCUUGCCUCUUGUGCUCUCAGCAUGGUCUGAGCAACCAGACCCUUAUGUCAUUCCCAAGGAUCCUUCACUCUAUGAGACCCUUCUGUUCUUGAUGGGAGGGGUGCUUUGGGCACUUGUGAUCUUGCCAAGGAAGAAUAUGAGGCUUGAUAAAUCAUUAGGAGCAGGACUCUUGAGUGUGUACCUGUGUUUUUUGUUCAUAAGGAUAGCUAUGGCUGUUGGGGUUGUGAGAUUCUAGAGAUGCAAGUUUCUAAAGGGAACUUCAUCAUAAGAGGGUCCAUUCUCCGUUGUGGUCCAUCUUUUGGAACUAGCUCAUGUUUAAUCAUACAUGUCACAAUCAACACGCCUACUUUGUACAUUUUUCCUCUAGUUUUUUUUUUUUAUAAUAAUAAUAAUACUUUUAUUUAGAGUAA